UCCAGAUGCCAACCAAGCAUUACUAUGGUAGAAUCUCAUCUGACGGGUACGAGGAGAUGCUAGGCUCACGGCUAGCCACAGUUGUGCAUUGCUCGAGUGCAUGACCACUGAAUUGCUCGAGUGCAUAUAUGAUCGGAUCCUCCAGUGAUCUGAUUGAUGCUCAAAGAAUCCAUGCACUAUGCAGGUAGGUGGAUCGAUAGCUGGGAGGCAUUAAAGCGGACGAUGACGCCUUGGCCUCGCUGCAAUCUUGCAGAUUGCUGCUGCAGCGCUUCUUUAAGAGCCAACCAUCCACAUAUACCUUGCUUGACGCCAAGCCACCGGCAUUGUCGGCACCGUGCCCUCCGCUCCGCUCCCCUUCCUCUUGGUUUUCGGUUCCUUCCUCCCUCAACCAGUCAUCUGCUGCUAUUUAUGCCACAGCCACUCCCAGCAGCGGUGGGAACAAAGAGUGCCAGCGUCUCACCCCUGAGGCCGCGCAGAGCCACUGCUUGCGUCUCUGUCUCUCUGUCUGCUCGUUUUUCUCCUUCUGCGACUCGUAGGAGGGUGAGGUCUUGCCUCGCGGAAUGGCGGCGUCCGGGGCAUGGCUGGCCCGUGCGACGGCGACGGCGGUGCUGGGUUUCGUCCUGGCGGUGGCGUCAGCUGAGGCGGCAUCGGGGGACGUGGAGAUGGUGUUCCUCAAGGCCGCGGUGGCCAAAGGCGCAGUGUGCUUGGACGGCAGCCCACCGGUGUACCAUUUCUCUCCCGGCUCCGGUUCUGGCGCCAAUAACUGGGUCGUCCACAUGGAGGGAGGAGGGUGGUGCAGGAAUCCUGAUGAGUGUGCUGUCCGCAAGGGCAACUUCAGGGGCUCCUCCAAAUUUAUGAAGCCACUCUCGUUUUCAGGGAUAUUAGGCGGCAACCAAAAAUCCAAUCCUGAUUUCUACAACUGGAAUAGAGUAAAGAUCAGAUACUGUGAUGGUUCAUCAUUUACUGGUGACGUUGAGGCUGUGGACACUGCGAAAGAUCUCCGUUACAGAGGGUUCAGAGUCUGGCGUGCCGUCAUCGAUGAUCUACUUACUGUGAGGGGAAUGAGCAAGGCGCAAAAUGCUCUUCUUUCUGGAUGCUCAGCCGGAGGUCUAGCAGCAAUACUACACUGUGACAGAUUCCAUGAUCUGUUUCCAGCGAAAACAAAGGUCAAGUGUUUUUCUGAUGCUGGAUAUUUUUUCGAUGGGAAGGAUAUCUCCGGGAACUUUUACGCUAGGUCAAUCUAUAAGAGCGUUGUGAAUCUACAUGGAUCAGCCAAAAAUUUACCAGCUUCAUGUACCUCAAAGCCAAAGCAAUCACCUGAGCUGUGUAUGUUCCCACAGUAUGUUGUCCCGACAAUGCGCACACCAUUGUUCAUACUUAAUGCAGCCUACGAUUCGUGGCAGGUCAAGAACGUCCUAGCACCUAGUCCAGCUGAUCCGAAGAAGACUUGGGCCCAAUGCAAGCUUGACAUCAAGAGCUGCUCCGCCAGCCAACUCACAACCUUGCAAAAUUUCAGGACAGAUUUUCUGGCAGCACUCCCUAAAACGCAGUCUGUAGGCAUGUUCAUCGACUCAUGCAAUGCUCACUGCCAAUCAGGAUCUCAAGACACGUGGCUAGCCGAUGGUUCUCCCACGGUUAACAAGACGCAAAUUGGCAAGGCGGUGGGGGACUGGUACUACGAUAGGGAGGUCCCUCGGCAGAUUGAUUGCCCGUAUCCCUGCAACCCAACUUGCAAGAACCGUGAUGAUGAUUGAGCAAUUGUAUAAGUAGUUCAUGUUAUCGAAAUGAAAACAAUAAAGGAUCACAACGCGCGCCCGUAGUUGUAGAUGAUGAAUUAUAAACACAUAUGACUGAGCUCAAAGUUGUUUAAUCAUCAUCUGUUGCGAAAUGAGGAAGACAAUUGGUGUCUUGAAGCUGUGUUUUCGACUGUGUCUAAAGCGUAAAUGUAACGUAUAUUGUGUCUUCGCCUAUGCUUAAGACAUUGGACUAGUUGAUUGGUCAAUUUAAUUUAUUAAAUGUUUUGAUUGGUGUAAUGAAUAUAAUAAGUCGUGCAUGCCGCAUGACUAGGCUUCCAGUCUUCCACUUACACCGGCUAAGCACUGUCUAUAUAUAUGUAGUCACUUUGGAUCAAUGAA